UUUGCAAGAAGUCCUGACAAGUUCAUUGAAAAUGUACCGCCAGGCAGUGAACUGAUAAUACAGAAUUGCACCAUGUGCACUCGUAAAUAAAUAAUUCAUGCCCCAAAGAGAGUCUGAUGGAAAUGGAGUUGCAAUUGCAGUAUAGCACAUCGAAGUUGCAUGAAUUUUUAGUGCUCUGAGCGACCGAAAUACAAUAAAAAAUAUUUUGUGGCGUGACUUCUGUUUCGCCGAGCUUCAUAUGGAAUUGCCAAUCGGGGGGUCACACUUUUAUUUUAUCGAAAAAUGGGAAAAGUAGGCGAGUCAUAGCAAUCAAAGCUGAAAUAGGACUGAACACAUUAAAAAAGUAUUCUGUUCAAGUGAGUGAUAUUCGGAAAUCAGAAAUGGCCCCAGUUCAGAAAAUAAAUGUUUUUGGUGAAGCCGAUACUGCAGUAUCCUCCAAGGAUGUGUAUUGCAUUUGUCGCCAGAGCCACAUCAAUGGAUUUAUGAUAUGCUGUGACAAUUGCAACGAGUGGUUCCAUGGAGAUUGCAUCGGAUUGCCGGCAAAUAUCGGGGAACAGCACGACACCUACUACUGCACCGAGUGUUUUCGCAAAAAUCCACUAUUAAAGUGCACCUAUAAGAAGAGUCCAUCCACCACAGGAGUUCCAAAAACUCCAAAAACUCCAAAAACUCCAAAAACUCCAAAAAAUCCAAAAACUCCAAAGACUCCAAAAAAUUCAAAAACUCCAAAAACAGCCAGGAUUAUCAAUUCAAUCGGUGUCAGGCAGAAUCCACGCAGGAGAUCCACGUUCGUCCAGGAGCGUCCUUCAGAAGUACCUAAUCCAAGCAGACAAUCCACGAAGUUACAGAAAGCAGUCAAUUAUGAAAAUGCUACUGAAGAGCCCACAGAAGACGCUGAAAAGGUGGAUCAAAAACCAAAAAAGACUGCGAAGAAAAAGAAUCCAAAGCCGGAGGAUAAAGUCACAGACGAUGCUCAAAAACCAGCAGUUGAAAAGCUCUUCGAAUCGAAGGGAACACAAUGCAACAUGUUUAGGGAUUGGUCGAAGUAUGUUCCUCCCGAAAACUCCAAGAAGAGGGGCACCUGCUUCACAGUCUUUUGCCAGCAAUUGGCACGAUCCUGUUCUAGAUACUGUUGCGAUGAGUGCGGCAACUUCACCGCAAUCACAAACGUAUUCGCAUUAGGCCUUUUACCCAAUAUGCCAGCAAUGAAAGUGGCAAUGGGACACGUUGGUUUAUUGCUUGGCAAUGACUUAACAAAUAAUCAGAAGUCAAACAAAAAUUCAGAGGCUUCUGAGUCAAAAACGGAAACCAAGCCAAAGGUUAAAAAACCAAAAUCGGAAGGAAGGAAAUCGAGAUAUCGUAGUCCGAGCAGUAGCCUGGAAAGAAGCCCAGAUGUUUCCCGAACUGCCGCUAAAAGGCCGAAGCUCCAAGAAGAACUUCCUUCAUCUAGCUCUAGAAGCUCACGGAAGUUAGUUGAAGAAUCUCGAUCUGAAACGGAGCGACAUAAAGCUAAGCAUAAGACUUCCAAAAAAGAAAAGACUAGUUCCCAGCGAGCUUAUUCUCUGUCGCCUAUUCCAUCUCCCAAGUCAUACAGGGCUGCGAGGAAUACAUCUGAAACAGCACCCAAUAGUCCUGUUAAUCUAAAGAAAACUUUUAAGCAAAAACAUGUCAUUAGCUCACCAACAGGGAAGAAAAGAGUGUGCAGAUCACAAACAAUAUCUGCGGAUGAUCCAUUACCUUCUCAACCAAAAUCGACUGAAGUUAGUCCUAUGGCAAGUGCGGGGACUUCUUCUAGCAAUAAGAAACCUGUGCCUGAAACCUCUUGCCAAAAAUAUAGAAAACUAUCAUUUACUGAUGAGAAUUGCGAGAAAAUCAAAAUCAUAAGAUGCAUUGUGUCCAAUAUGUCGCCCACCGAGAAAGCUCUGUUGGCCAGAAAGAGGAUGAUGAUGAAGUUGGCAUCGGAGCAGCACAUACGUCAGGCACCAGGUGAAAUAUAAUGGUCUUCGGUAAAUGCAUUCUAAAUAUUUAUCAUUUAUAUAUAUAUAACAUACAUAUAAUGUUCCCACAACAAAAUAUUUAACAAUUAAACACCGUGUUCAGUUUCCUUUUUCGGUUAUCUGUUCUCCCUCAUAACUGCUGUAAAAUCAAACCAACAUUUAAAGAAUAAAUCUCGGAAUAUGUCACAUUUGUUG